CCUGUUCUUUGUAGCUGCACUGGUGCGAUACAUUGAAGUAAGACAAAUAUAAGUUUUCUCACUCUAACUUUUUUUGUACUAGUUCAGCAGUGCAGCUACAGAGAACAGGCCUUUCGAUGGCCAGUAACCGCCGACUUUGUCAAUCCACCACUUUUUCUUUCAUUGUAUGUAUUGCUCAAUUUCGACGGUUUUCUCACGAUAUUUUGUCACAAAAGGAUGAACGAAACUUACGACACUCCCGGCGACGAUAAUUCGAGCGUGGGACACAUCUUCUGCAGUUGAAAUCAUAAAUACGAAACCUCUCUUCAAAUCCGUGUUAACACGUCGCGACCAGCUUUAUUGAAGUGAACUUCACCGCGAUUGAGUUUCUCGAAAUUUCAUAACUGCGAGAUAACGAUAUAUUCACGAGGUAUCGAUAUCUUCACGAAGUAUCGCUAUGUUCACGAACUAUCGAUAUGCUCAUUUGUAUUUACGAUUAAAAUUAAAGUAAAUUGAAUAUAAAUACGAUUGUUGACUUUCACAGACAAGAGUCUGAUAUUAGUAAACUCGCUAGAGUGACUGGAAAAAAAUAGGAAUUUAGACGUAACAAGAACACGUAGACAAAGUAGAAGAUCCAAUAAAAAUAUAAAUUUUUUACACCUUAUAAGAAUUUACCAGUAUAUAUAAAAGAUAUGGAAAUUCUAUUGUCUGAAUACAUGGACAUUUUAAGAAGAUUAACGUACUCGUUAUUAUUUCUUAUAAUAUUCUACAGUAUCUCUAAAAUAGUCUCUAAUCAAGUUAAUGAAGAAUUAAUUCUUAUAUUACUAAUAUUAAAAGCAUUGUUCCUGAUAAUACAUAUUAUAAUCCUGCCAAAUUUUAUCAAUUUUGGUAAUAAGGCACCUAAUGAGGAACCUAACUUCUUUGAGAAUUCCUUUGAUACAAAAAACAGUACCAAUUCUGGUAAUGAAACAUCUAAUGAGGAAUCUAACGAGAAUUUCUUUGAUGCAGUAAACAGUACCGAUUCUGGUAAUGAGGCAUCUAAUGAGGAACCUAACGAGAACUUCUUUGGUGCAGUACACAGUUAUUAAUUGUUAAAUAUAGAAUGGAAAACAUAGAAAAUGAAAAUCAUUUUCGGGUUCAAGAACUAUAACUGCAAAUUAUAAGAAGUUCUAAAAUAACAUUUCGGAUAUACUACCAAAUGUACGAGGUAAAUAAAACAGAUAGAGCACAAGACGUCCUAGAAUUAUUCUAUGUCCAAGUUGUCCAUGAGAAUGCCCUAGAACGUCUUGAGUAUAUCCAGAAUAAUCUCAAAACGUAUUGUGCUAUUUGGAAAAAAUAUGGUAGUGUGGUAUGUUAUUUACACAAUUAGUUGACGAUAUCAUUAUGUGAUUAUAAGAUGGAGCAAAUUUUAAUACAAUAAAAGUAUUAAAACGUAUUAAAUAAGCUUAAUAUUCAAUUUCAAGUUUGAUGCAUAUCAGAGCAUAUCGAAAAAUAUAAAUAUUUAGUAAGAAAUUUGUUAUUAGAGGAUAUCUUAACAAACAAUUUUAAAGUUAUAUAUUAUCAUAUUCGAAUUUUUUAUAAUAAUUAGACUAUAUAACGAAAAAAAUUUUAUAAAUAUUAAUUGAAAAUUAAUUGUAUAUUAAAUUUGGAAACAUUUGCUGUGUUAAUAAAUUAAUUCUUUACAGUCCGAAUUGUUUUCGAUUUUUCUUGUCAGCUGAUUUGUACCCAGUGAACACAACGUUACAUAUAACAUACAAAUUAGUUGUAAUUUCCUACUCAACAAUGUAACUGUUAUAUAACACGUAUGUUAUAUAACAGUUACUACAUUGUUGAAUAGAAAAUUAUAACUAACAUAUAUGUUACAUGUAACAUUGUGUUCACUGGGUAGAAAUUUAUUAAAUAUUUAAAAUUUAACUUAAAUUUGUAGAUACAGAGUAAUAUAUUUAUACUGACUAUAUUAUUAUGAUUAAAAAAAUUGAUUUAUAUAAAAUCUACUAAAACAAAGUGUAAUGUCGAAAUAAACUUAACAUAGGACUGUAAAGGAUUAAAGAACAAAAAUUAACGUUUCCGAAAGAUUAAUUUUUCUUAUUUUCUUAUACUUCUAUAUAUAAAAAUAUUGAAAUUUUUGGCAUUCACGUAAUGUUAUACAAUUUAUAUUAAUUGUGUUACAUUUUACCAUUAUAUGUUAGUAUAAACACAUGACUAUAUAUGUAUAUAUAUGUUCAAUACA